ACCCUUUGUGGAACAUCCGUUCAAGUUUCAUGGCAUUAAGCGUUAAAGUGAAACCAACCAAGAGUCGAUCCACGUUCGGGAGAGACCCUACCAUAUACGACUAUGCAAACAAUUCCAAAAGUUCAAACCGACCGUCGAAAAUUAGUUCCAAAAUCACGCUAGCCGAAAUCGAGUUAGAAACGGAACCGCUAGGUGAUGAUCCCGAACAAAACGAUGGAAGGUCGGGAAAGAGCUGCCUGGCAGUGCAAGAUUCUACACCGCCAGUAGUCACGUACAAUGACUAUCAUAUCGACCUGUGGUUCCUUGUGUCGGAAUUUAUUCGCCCGGAAGAUGUUUGUCGCUUUGCACUUAUUUGUCGCAAAACGGCAGAGGUUGUGCAGAGCGGUCGGUUCUGGACGCAGCUGUAUAGAUCGUAUUAUGACCGUUCGAUCGAAAUGCCGGCACGCUUUCAACCGGCUAGUAUGGUACGGCUACGUGGUUUACGAUCGGCCGUCAUACGAUCUUUGUACUAUCUGUAUCCUCCCUUUGUGGAGCGCUUAACGAUGGUAUCGAGCCGCCAUCAGUAUCGAGUGAUCGGACGGCAGCUACUUACUUCCUGGCACAAGCGUACAAAAAACUGCUGGACGUACUGUUUCCGUCUAAAAACAUCCUUUAAGCCUGGCAGUCGACCGGCACAAUCGGCACAACUACAGCGCGAGAAAAGUUCUCUCGCAUUCAUGCAGGACAUCUACAUGAACCCGGAAGAGGGAUGCCAGAUACUGAUGAUUACGACCGAUUUUCUUAAAGUAAUACCACUGUACAACGAGACGUUAUUUGUAAAGAACGUUGUUCAAACACUUUCCCAGAGCAUGAUGCGGUACAAGAUUAGUAUCGAGCUGGCCAACUACUGCGGAAAGCGAGUAGACGAGCUUGUGUUUGAUCCCGUGCGCAACGUGACCGUCCUGGACUGGUGGAAACCGGAUUAUUACACCGAAAUUGGUAGUCCUCUCGAAGAAGAAUCGUCCGCGGCCGAAACCGAAUGGACCGACGAUUCGGACUGGGACAAUUAG